AUGAUGGAAUCGAAUUUGAUAAAGAGGUUGCAACAGAAGACAGUUUUGUUGAAAUUGAAGAUGAAAGUGAAGAAGAAAGUUAUGGAAACAAUCAGAGAAAUGGUUGAACGUCAAUUGAAAAUAGCUAACGAUGAAUUCCAAGCUUCUAAGCCAACUCAUUCUCCUAUUCCUGCUCCAAAAAUUACACUUGUUGACAAUGGUCCUCCGACUACAAAACCGGAUGACCUACCAGAGGAACCGUUGAUCUCUCCCCCCUUGGAACUAUUCAUCACUCCAAUCAGUCAACCUAUCAUCUUAUCUACCAUCCCUCCGAAUCCUCUUUCCAAAGAUAAAGGAAAAGGAAUCUCCUUGAACUAG